AUUGAACUGAUUAAUUUGAGAUACUUAAGUUUGAGAUGGACCAUGAUAAGGGAGCUUCCAGAGUCCAUAAGGAAGCUCAAGUACUUGGAAAUACUUGAUUUGAAAGGGAGUCCUGUGUCUUCUUUGCCUGCUGGGAUCACUCAAUUGACAUGUCUUUGCCAGCUCCGUAACUAUCGACACAGUUUCCAGUCAUCAUCGUUCUUCCCUGACACUCAUGGAAUGAGAGUUCCAUCAAGAAUAGGAAGAUUGACUAACCUGCAGACAUUGGGAAGCGUUGAAGUGAAUGAAGAUUAUGAGUUAGUCAGGGAGUUGGGAAAGCUAACUCAGUUGAGAAGGCUGGGCAUUUUAGCUAAGAGAAGAGCAGGGAAUGGAUCUCUGUUAUACUUUGGACAGGCCCUCCAGAAAUUGCCUAGUUUGGUGGUGCUUGAACUCUGUCAAGCUUAUGCAGGGGAAGAACCGUGUUGUGAUCCUAGUGGAUUUUCAAAGCUGAAGAGGCUAGGUCUCCAUGAACUGGAGAGAUUGCGGCGCAUCAGAAUAGCAAAGGGAUCAGUGCCUGGGUUAGAGAGGCUAGACAUCACAGCAUGCACGGUGCUAGAAACUGUGCCGGAUGGGAUUGAAAACCUGAAAAAUAUAGGAGACCUGGUUCUGUGGUAUAUGCCUUCAACAUUCAUCAAGACAAUAGAGAGGAACCGCGGUGAAGAUUUCUGGAGAGUUCAACAUAUCACAACAAUCACCCGUAUCUACGAGAGCCAGGGGAGACGGGUCUCUGAAACUCUUCUGUAAUUAGAGGGGUGAGCUACGGAGAGGACUACAGUUUCCGGAAUAUCAUGAUCUCUGCCAAGUUCCUCAGGUCUGUACAGACGUUUCAUCAUGUAAUGCUGAGCCUCAGAAAACAGAAAACUGCUGCUCUUCCCUCC